AUGGGUCAACCACAUAUUCCUCCGACGCCCAGUGAGGCCAAUCUCAGCGGCAAGACCGUCAUUAUAACGGGCGGCAAUGCUGGUUUGGGGUAUGAAUCAGCAAAGCAGUUCCUUACGCUGGGUGCAGAUCGUGUCAUUCUUGCUUGUCGCUCUAUUCCCAAGGGUGAGGAAGCUGCUGCCUCUCUUCGUGCAGAUCCUGCUGUCAAGAAGUCGAAUCCCAACGCCUCAAUCAAAGUAUUUGAGCUCGACCUUGAUGAUUACCAAUCCGGGCUUCGUUUUGCCAAUAAGGUGAAAGAUGAGGUCAAAGAGCUCGAUAUCCUUCUAAACAAUGGCGGGCAAGUUGCUUUGGGCUACGAGAAAAGCAAAAGCAACCACGAGCAAAAUAUGCAAGUAAAUUGCUACACUCACCUCCUCAUCUCCCUUGAGUUAUUUCCGCUCCUACGCUCUACUGCUGCGAUCAGGGGGUUACCGACACGCAUUACAUUCACGGGUUCUGCAACUCAGAUUAAGCAAAAUACUUUGUCCAAGAAACCUAUCUCACCUGGCAGCACGAUUCUCGGCCAUUUUGACGACGAAUCCAACUUCAACAAAUACUUUCGAUACGCUGAUACCAAAACUGUUGUCAACGCUUACGUCCGGCGUUUGGCUGCCUUGGCGCCCUCCGAAGUCAUUGCCAACAACCCCUGCCCUGGGCUUGUGCAAACGGGCAUAGACAAGAACCUGCCUUUCUAUCUUAGAGCUCCCAUGGCACUUAUCCGUAGGUCUACGGGCCGUACGGUAGAGGAAGGUGCUCGGACACUGAUCUAUGCCUCUGUCGUUGCGGGACCAGAUACCAAUGGCAAAUUUCUGCAGCAUAACAAGGUCGAUCCAGGUGCUGCCUUUCUUAAUGGACCUGAAGGAGAAGAAUUUGUUAAUAAACUCUGGAAAGAGAGUGUGCAAGACAUUGCCGCUAUAGAUCCCAGUCUGAGUUCUUAUGCUUAA